CUUCCACAUAAUUUUCACUCCCUCCAACAAACCAAACAACAACCACGACGAUGAUGAAGUUGUGUGGUGUGCUGGCGCUGGUGAUGCUGGCGUCUGCGGGCGCUGCCACUGCCAAGAAGACCCUCUGGCACCAGCUUGACGCCUACUCCUUUGAGGACUUCAAGCUGGAGUUCGGAAAGACGUAUGCCUCCCAUGAAGAGCACGAGUACCGCCGCAGUAUCUUCGAGCAGACCCUGGCCACUGUCAAAGCGCACAACCGGGAUGAGUCCAAGACCUGGAAGCAAGGCGUCAACCAUAUGUCCGACUGGACCGACGAAGAGUUCAAGCGCCUUCUUGGAUACAGCAAGGAUGUUGGCUUCAGCCUGCACCGCCCGACUCCCCCAGAUUUCAAGAGCAACGUCGACCUCGAGUCACUUCCCGAUUCCGUCGAUUGGCGCACAAAGCACGUCGUGACAACGGUCAAGGACCAAGGCCAAUGCGGCUCGUGCUGGUCUUUCGCCUCUGCAGAGACGCUGGAGAGCCAGGUUGCCGUGAACAAGGGCUAUCUUGAGGUGCUCUCUGAGCAAAACAUUCUCGACUGCACCCCAAACCCACAAGAGUGCGGUGGCUUUGGUGGCUGCCAAGGCGGCACCGCUGAGCUUGCUUACGCGCAGAUGGUCAAGAACGGUGGCCUGCAGACGGAAUGGACAUACCCUUACAUCUCCUGGAAGGGCGACAACUACAAGUGCUCCUUUGACAAGUCAAAGUCCGCCGUGAACGUCACCGGUUACGUGAAACUUCCCGCCAACCAGUACGAGCCCCUCAUGGAGGCUGUUGCCAACAAAGGCCCAAUUUCAAUCAGCGUUGAAGCCAUCCAUUGGAAGAACUAUGAGAGCGGUAUUUUCAACGGUUGCAACCAGACCAACCCGGACAUCGACCAUGUCGUGCAACUGGUUGGCUACGGCACCGAUAACGGACAGGGUUAUUGGCUCGUGCGGAACAGCUGGACACCUCAUUUCGGUGAAGGUGGUUACAUCCGCCUCCUGCGUGCAUCCAACGAGGGUCAGCGGUGUGGCAUUGAUGUCAAGCCCCAGGAUGGCAGUGGGUGCAAAGGUGGCCCACCGACCGUCAAGGCCUGCGGAACCUGUGGUAUCCUGUUCGAUUCAGUGUACCCAACGCUUGGCGCGUAACUUGCCUGCCGCUUGCUGAUCCGCCCUUCAGCUGUCUUGCUUUUGUGUCUGCUGAAUGUGUUUUGUUUCAUGCAUACUGUGUAACUUCUCGCCAUUUGUGUCGGUAUACCUCCUUUCUUGGGAAUGAUUUUUCGUGCCGUGCAAGAGCUGCGUUGGCGUCACAAUCAACGAAUGUCACUGACAGUCUGUAGAGAUAGAAAGCAAGGGUGUGUGCUUACUGUAGGCAAACGCAACAAACAAGAACACAAGGA